CAGAAUAAACCAAAAAAUAAUUUAAAACCGAACUAAUAUCCAGAUUAAACAGAUUUAAUAUGUUUUUAUUAAAAAUAAUGAAAUUAAUAAUCAUAUUCCGCGCAAGGCGCGGAUAAUUACCUAGUUAGAGUAAUUAAUCGACCCGUAUAGUUAAUUAAAUCAUUGAACACAUAGCAUGCAUACCUACCCAAAUCCCCCUAUUAUACGAAGCACAUGAUAGAGAAACAAAAGAAAGAAAAAAACCUACUUUAAGUAAUAAAUUAAUUAAUCAAGAUGGAUUAACAGUAUAAUAAACUUAUAAUGAAUUUAAAAAUGACGCGGACUAAAGUGAAAGAAGAAUAUGACAAGCUCAUAUAUAUUCCUUUCUUUUUCACCACGUCGCUUCACUAUUAUUAUCAUCUUCUCUCCCGAAUCAAUCAUCUUCUCCAGUAACCUCUCCUUCUCUCUGUCUCUUCAACCCCGCGUUUUCUCACUGGUAUGAGAAACAACAACUGAUCUCCGUUUAAUGGCGAGCUUGACGAUGGAAGAGAAGCAACUGGACUUCAACCGCCCGCUUCUAUCAGUUAGACGUCCCGCACACGCUUCAGAGCCCGAGAGCAAACCAAGAUCUUCCGAUCCAGUAACCAACAAGACCCCUCCUCCUUCUGCUCCACCGGUUUACAAGUCUGAUAUCAAGUCAGGUCCCGUAAGGAACCCAGGAACCGUCCCUUUCCAAUGGGAACACCAGCCGGGAAAACCAAAAGACGAAACCAAACCGGGUUUACAAAGCUUCGUUGAGCCACAUUAUGUGCCAAAGCCUCCUCCUGGGAGGGGUAGAGAACGACAAGUAUCAUCAGUGUGGAAGCCUGAAACCAGAGUGGAGGAUGCAAAGAGUUGUGAUGAACAGGAUCUAAUGAUGGGGAGGUUCUUGCCUGCUGCUAAGGCAAAGGAACCGGUUAAGAUGAAACAGAACAAAGCUGGGGAUAAUCAGAUUUGCUUGAGAAGCUCUUUUGGAGUGUUGAAUCCUGUUCCGUCUGUGAGGAUGCAGGCGCAGAGAGCUGUUUCUGUUCGUCGUAUGCGUUCUAAGUAUCAAGAUAAUUCUAAUGAGCCUGUGAACGAAGAUGAGAGGAAGUUGAGACUAAAUGGUUCAGUUGCACAAGGUGGGUCAUUAGCAGUUGAAAGCUCUUCUUGCACUUCACGCGCUAAAGUCAGCAGAAACUUUGGUGAGCUCUUGGCUAGUGAUGAUAAUGCAUGGAAACCUUCUUCAGAGUCUCCUGUGGCUGAGAAAACUCUGUAUGUAGAUACUGUGCAUUCAGUAGACAAGGAGGUACAAGAAGAGUCCAUGGAGCAAUCUUUACUUACAGAAGAAGUGAAGAACUUGAUUAGACCCGGUGAGGAAAGUGUUAUAAGAGAUGAGGCUUUCACUGAAUGUACUGAUCAAGCUAUUGUUGCACUGCCAAAGUCCAAUGUGGUAGUGGAGGUUACAAAGGAGAAGAUUGAUCUUGAAGUCAAGUUUAAGAGAAACACAAGGAAUCUUGAUAGUUCCAGGCUUCACCAUCGUUCAACUUACCAUAUUGUGCCACCACCACCAUUACCAAAAGCUCCUUCAGAUUCUUGGUUAAAGCGUACAUUGCCAACAAUCCCACCAAAGAACAACUCAUUUACAUGGUUACAGUCUCUUGGAGCUGAUGAUAAUAAGAUUCAUAAUCAAGCAAGUCCCAAGUGGGAAACUAUGGUCAAAACCUCCAAUGCACAGCAAGGCUUUGUGUGCUUCUCCAAGGAGACACUCAACCCUAUACCAGAGGCGUAGCAAGAUCUGUAUGUUUUCCACACCAACUUACUUGUAAAUUUCAACAAUAAAGAUGGGAUGAGCCAAUAAAGUUUAGGAUUUUUAGUAUAUAUCAUGAAAUAAAAGGGUCCUAAAUGAGAAAAGCUAUGAAUAUAGGUGUGGGUUUGUUUCUUCUUGUUUAAAGUAAUGUACAGCUAACAGAGAUUUUUGUGGCAAUAAUACUCCAUAAUACCACGUGACACUGUUUCUUUUGCCCUUCUUUAUAUGUUAUCUACUACUAGUAAUAGACCUUUUUUUUGUUCUUUUGUAA